GUAUCUCGAAAUGUUAGUAAGAAAAUUUUGUUGUUCUCUCUCUUUCUCUUUAUCAUAAUCAUACGAAUUUUAUCUCUAUUACGAAUAAGAAAUUUUCUGAACUAAUUGGAAUAAUAAUCGAUAUGUUUACGUGAUAACGAUUUUAAAAUGAAUAAUAAAAUGAAUUUAACAAGAAAGAAUGUGUAUACGUAAAAGUAGAUAUAUUCGGUUCUUCGACAGGUUCUUGAACUUGUCCAGUGUGGUCAAAGUAUCCAGGUGGGGAGCAGGUAUCUUUUCCUGGUUGAUUCUACUAGCGGAGGUCAUAAAACGUUCGUCCUUCGUAUCGUCAAGACAUCCUAUUCUCUUACUUGCUCAUCUAUACUUGUCUCUUUUCCUUUUAUUUCUUCAAUAUUAUAUAUAUUAGUAAUAAAAUCAAAAUUCAAAUUAAUCUCAAAUCACCAACCAGUGUGUAAUCAUCAAUGUUUUCAAUAAAUAUGAGAUUGUUCAAGACAACGGUCUUGUUGUUUUUACUAUUGGCAUUUGUUGGGACUCAUGUAAGAAGUCUUCCACUUGAUGAAUCCGAAAUUACAUCAUCAACGAAAAUUUCUUCUUCUUCUUUAUCUUCUUCUUUUGAAGAUCAUUACGAUCAAAGGCAAAAUGGUUCAGAAAAUUAUCGUGUACACAUUGACGGUGUAGUCAUAGUAAUUGCACCAGUUGAAGCACUUCUUAUGGCUAAUGAUCUUGUUAAUAACAAUCAAUCUGGAAUAUCCACAAUUAAUUAUCCAAAACCUGACGAUAAUAAACCAAAUAUUGAACAUUCGGAGAAACCGAGUAAUGAAAAUUUGGAAAAACCAAGUACCGAACAUUUGGAGGAACCUACUACCGAACAUCAAUCGUCGGAAAAAUUAAAUGUCUCUUCGAAAUCAACGAAAAGAUCCAAUUUACGUUUAAUGAACUUACUCGCACCCUUUAUACGCCGUUUUUAUCACCCACAAUGAGUCCAAAACUGGCUCGGGGGAAAGAAAACAACCACACAUUUCAAGACUUAUAUUUAGUGUAAUGUAAUAUAAAACACAUGUGAUUGAUAUAUUUCAUUAAUUAUAGUUUAUAUAAUAUUAUGCAUAUAUAAAUAUAUGUUAUUUUAAAAAAGGGUUUUUGUAAUUAGGCCUUCUUUAAAUGGAACUUGAAGUUAAUUUAGGGGGAUUCAAAGAAGCACGUUUGUAAUACUAUAUUUUUAGUAUAUAAUGAUCGUUAUAUAUUAUCUGCAAUGAUUUUGUGAACAGACCAUGUACUCACCUUUAUUCAUAAUUCUAAAAUUAUUAUUAUUAUUAUUAUUAUUAUUACUAUUAUAUUAUUAUUAUAAUUACUAUUAUUAUU